UCAUUCCGUAAUUUUUUACUAGUAGACUUGUCCACAUAAGUUGGUGAGUGAUGCUAAUACCACUUGUAACAUCUUGUAGUAAUCUAAAAUUCCGGAUCAAAAAAGAAAUAAUCUAAAAUUCAAAAUGUACGUACAAUCAAAUUAACUGUUUCAUCUUAAUUUUAUUGUACAAAUUGAUACUCCUUUUAUUAUUAUUAUUAUUAUUAAGUUUGUUGUCCUAAAAUAGAAUUAUUUGAUUGUAAAGAUGUGGUAGUUAUUUCAUCUGUAUAUACUUAUUUGCACAAAAUCAAACAUAAAAUGAGUUUAAAAUCGUAAUUAAAACAUGUAAAUGAGACAACUCUCGGGCGAAUCUAUUAGGGGACAAUUUCAGGUGGGCACAUGACCCGACUUUUGAGCCGCGUAGAUUGGGUGGCUGCAACUUGCAAGGGUCGUCUAUAUGGCCGCAAGGUGUGACUAUGUAUGUGGUCGCAAGGUCGAACAGAGUGGCCGCAACGUCGUACAUUCUCAGCCACGUGUACUGAUCCGAUGCAUUCAGAAACUUCCCGCCAAAAAAAUGGCGAAUACCCUAAUCCUUUGUCGUGUUCGCUACAAUUCCAUUUCCCCGCACACCCGAAUAGCCCUAAUCUCUCUCUCUCUCUCUCUCUCUCUCUCUCUCUCUCCAACAAACGUUAAGAACGAGAAGUCGCACACCAGAUUCGAUGCCAAAACGUAAAGUUGAUGAUAAUGCUUUGACGCCGAAGAGUGAGAAAGAAUUUGGUACUGGAAACAAUGGAGCUGAUGGCGAUGGUAUUAAGCAGGAUAAUGAAAGUGGUGAUGCCAAGGAUGUCGAAAGGACUGAUAACUAUUGUGCCUGUUAUUGUGAUGGUGAUGAUGAGGCAGAAAAUGGAAUCAGGGCUACAGGUGAUGGCGAUGGAGCUAUCGCUUAUGAGAAAGGGCAACAGGAAUUAGCUAAGUACAUAUGCUCCUCAGGAUUGCCUGAUAUUGUUCGUCUUGUGAAAGAUCUUAAUCCAUCGUUUCCGCUUGAUUCUCGUACUAUCAAACGCAAUUGCUUGCAAGUUUAUGAGAAAGAUAAGCUGAGGGUUAAGCAUAUCUUAAAAACCAUGGAUGGGCAAAUUAGUCUCUCGGUUGAGGUAUUGAGAUACUACAGGCCUAGUGGAUUUGAUGAUGCAUUCAUGUGCUUAGCAGCGCAUUUCAUUGAUGAUAGAUGGAAACUAAAAAGGUGGGUUCUUGGUUUUCGGUGUAUUUUGGGUGACGACGAUGAAAUCCUUCAUUCUGCCACAUUAAAAACUGUGAAAGAUUGGGACAUUGAGAGCAAGAUAUCCGGUCUUACAUUGGCAGAGAGCAAUGUUUACGACGAAAUGGUUGAGGAAAUUAAAGAUGUUGUUCAACAAAAGAAGAAGCUCCGACUUGAUGGAAAACUAUUUUGUGUGAAGUGUUGUGCCAAGAUGUUUAAUCGAAUGGCAGCCGCUGCAUAUAACGAGAUAUCUGACAUCAUCGAUAAAGUUAGUUUAAUGAUUUCCUGGAAAUUUGCUCCUGUAUGGUACCUCACAGCAUUCAAGCUAAAGGAGGCUUUGGAGUUGGAUGCCAUGGGUGAAUUUUCUUCGGAAAAUUUGCAAGAUUUUUAUGAUGUACCCUCUGCUGAUGAAUGGGAGAAAGUCAAAUGCAUUUGUAUGCUGGUUGAAAGUGCCGAGGCGGUGGCAAAGACAAUAUUUGAAACAAAACAUCCCACUGCUAACAUCUUCCUUCAUAAUCUUGAGGAGCUUAGGGCAAUUCUAUUCAAGGAGACAAUCAGCUCAGAUAGUUUCACAAGCAAAGUAGCCAAGAAAAUGCUACGGAGACUUGAUAAGUACUUGGAAGAUAUGUUUUUCGUGUUGUCAAUCGCUUCUGUAAUGGAUCCCCGCCAUAAGAUGAAAUACAUAGACUAUCUCUCCUCUAAACGUGAAGUAAGUGAUGGGAACUCGCAAAGUGCUCUUGUUUUGGAUGCCGUUUUUGGCAUUUACCGUGAUUAUGUGGACCAAGAUCUUGAGAAAGAGAAAUCUGUGAGUGAUUCAACUUCUUCUGAUUCAGAAGAGGAGUUAACAAGAAGCACGGAGAGAGGAGGUUCCAAAAAUUCGAACUGUUUGCAAGAGUAUAAGCAGUUCAUUGAAUCCAAUAAUAAGCCACCAAAGUCUGAUUUGGACCGGUAUCUGGAGGAACCUGUCUUGCCUUGGACCCAGGAUUUCAAUGUGUUGAAAUGGUGGAGAGCUGAAAGCCCCAAGUAUCCAAUCCUGUCUAAGAUGGCCCGUGAUUUUCUGGCUAUUCCAAUGUCUGUUCCUACUUCAGGUGAGGCUUUUAGCACAGAACCAAGAGUGGUUGAAACACGACUCAUGGCCUCCGGACCAGCCUUGAGGGAUGCCUUGAUGUGCACUCGAACCUGGGACUUGAAGCACUGAAACUGUUUUGGGUUUUUCUGCUUUGCUGGGUCAAGUUUUUGCUAUCUCGAAGCUUGUAGUUAUUUCCCUCACCAGAAUUGGAGUUCAUUACUCGCUAAUAGUUAUAGUUUCAGAAGCUGGAUACUUUGUUACGGUUUUAAGCUUCAUGUUUUG